AUGAGUGGAAGAAAUACCAGAAAGUGGGUGGACAAGAAGAACGCCCAAACCUUUGCGGUGGUCUAUAGAUCGCACGAAGAUUCAAAGUUCCACGAUGAAGACGCUAGUGAGAAUGUUCUUAUGCCAAUAGGACAAAAAAACAAGAGAAAUAACAAGAUUAAAACCAAAUCACAGCUAGAAAAGGAAUUGGAUGCCGACAUAAAAUCUGGGAAAAUCAGAGGCAAUGAAGGUGAGGCUGCGCUUUAUGGGAUCACUUAUGAUGACUCCAAGUACGAUUAUAUGCAACAUUUCAAGACCAUUGGAGGUGGCAAUGGUGUGUUCAUCCCAAAGAAAGAAAAGCAAGAUAAAAACAAGCUCAAUGAAAUAUUGUUCAAAGAGGAUUUACUAGGAGAUGCUGGGGCUUCAGGGAAUGGCGACAAAAAGAAGGUCAACUACCAGACCAUGCAGAAUAUUCCAGACGAAAUCGCUGGUUUCAAGCCGGACAUGGACUACAAAUUGAGAGAAGUUCUCGAAGCAUUGGAAGACGAAGAAUAUGUAGAUGAUGAUGAAAAUGUGUUCAAUGAUCUAUUGCAAGGUGGUGAAAGAUCGGAGGAUGAGUUUGAUGAUGAGGAUGAGUGGGAUAUGGAUAAUUUUGACGAUGCCGGGUAUGACACAGAAGAAUUUGAAAAAGAAGGUGAUCAAGGGUGGGAAGCCGGGUUCAGAAAGUUCCAAGCCGAAAAUAAGAGUAAACAAAAUGAUUGGGACUCUGAUGAUGAGUUUGAAGAAGAGGAUGAUGUACUUCCAGAAUUGCCAGACAUGUCGGGUGCUAAUCUCACAAAAUCUGCCGCUGCUGCUGCCACCAAGAAAAAAAGUAAGACCAAGGAAAGAAAGAAGAAAGGGGCUAUGACCGAUACUUCGUCAUUUUCUAUGUCGUCUUCGGCAUUAUUCAGAACCGAGGGAUUGUCUUUAUUGGAUGAUCGAUUCGAGAAAUUACAAUUGAAUUAUGACGAUGAGGACGAGGAAGAACCAGCAGAAUUUGAUAUGUCAACUCAAAGACAAGAUUUUGAAAAUAUGUUGGAUGAUUUCCUCGAUAACCACGAAUUAGAAAAGGGUGGUAGAAGAAUUGUGAAGAAAGAUGCCGCUAAGACAAAAUUGCAGAAAGCUGCAGAUUCGGUGUCUCGUGGGAAGCUUGCAAAGAAGAGAAAUAAGAAGAUUGUUAUAUAG